UUAAAAUUCUUUCUAAUUCGUGGCGUGCAUCGAUGCACUUACACCCACUCCUCGUGCUCCCAUGGCGUCUCUAACCCCAAUUUUUUCAACAAUGAGAUUGAGUAUGCAACAACAUCAACCCCAUGGCCAUGAGCUAAAAUUGGCACUAUUCAAUUUCAUAAUUCGGAAGCCAAAGAGAAGCUCAAGCACAAUCCAAUCGGUCUCUGCCUCCAACCACAACCAGUCUUCUUCAGGAUUGUACUCUGCUCAGAAAUUCGACCUCACCGCUUCAAACGUAGACCUUGUUCUAGAAGAUGUUCGCCCUUACCUCAUCGCGGACGGCGGCAACGUCGACGUUGUCUCCGUUGAAGACGGCGUUAUAUCUCUGAGGCUGCAAGGAGCAUGUGAAAGUUGUCCAAGCUCAACCACAACAAUGAAGAUGGGGAUCGAACGCGUUCUUAAAGAAAAAUUUGGAGAUGCCGUCAAGGAUAUACUUCAAGUAUAUCAGGAUGAACCUAAGGACACAACUGUUGAGGCGGUGAAUAAUCAUCUUGAGAUCUUAAGACCAGCUAUUAAGAAUUACGGAGGGAGUGUGCAAGUGUUAUCCAUUGAAGGCGGAGAGUGUCAUGUGAAGUAUGUUGGACCUGACUCCAUUGGAUCAGGAAUCAAAGCUGCAAUCAAAGACAAGUUUCCAGACAUUCUCAAUGUUACCUUCUCUACCUAGGAUUCUCAUGCUCAUGUCUUCAUUUUCAUGCUAUGCUAUGUUAUUUGUAAUUACUCUCUCCUAAUUUAACCUUCACGUAUACCACCACCACCACCACAUUGUGAUAAAGAAAUAUAGAGGACAGUAUAUGAAUUUGUUCACAAUUGAGGUGAAUAGUGGAGGGAGGGAGGGAAGUGAGCAGCAUCACAUGUCCUCAUGGAUAUGAUCUUUCCAUGUGCAUUUUUGCACUCUUGGCUAAUGAUAUAUGACACUAGCUUAGGAAAUUAUGAAGAAUGAAGGCCAUCUGUUGAAGAAUCGUGUAACUGAUAUCACGGUUUGUAAAUCAGAGUUUGGCGGGUCAUUUUCAAGUGUGUUGUUGCCCUCUUUUCUUAUUGUUACUAUAUUUGCUAUGUUUUUAUACUGUUUGUAUCUCUACUUUAGACUGAAAGUCUGAAACAUCCUUUGUCUUCUGGUGGCUUCUGAUUCUGAUAAAUGUGCUAGUGGAUUUAUGUGUCUC